AUGCCGUCAGUGAUGGAGAAGUCCAGCUCGGGCUCUGGGAUCCUGUCCCGGAGCCGAGCCAAGACGGCGCCCAACGGGGGCCAGCCUCACUCGGACGAUGACAGCAGCGAGGAGGAACACUCCCACGACAGCAUGAUCCGAGUGGGGACCAAUUACCAAGCAGUGAUUCCCGAGUGCAAGCCCGAGAGCCCGGCCCGCUACAGCAACAAGGAGCUGAAGGGGAUGCUGGUCUGGUCCCCCAACCACUGCGUGUCCGACGCCAAGUUGGACAAGUACAUCGCCAUGGCCAAGGAGAAGCACGGCUACAACAUCGAGCAGGCCCUGGGCAUGCUGCUCUGGCACAAGCACGACGUGGAGAAGUCCCUGGCGGACCUGGCCAACUUCACCCCCUUCCCGGACGAGUGGACCGUGGAGGACAAAGUGCUGUUCGAGCAGGCCUUCGGCUUCCACGGGAAGUGCUUCCAGCGCAUCCAGCAGAUGCUGCCGGACAAGCUCAUCCCCAGCCUGGUGAAAUACUACUACUCCUGGAAGAAGACGCGGAGCCGCACGAGCGUCAUGGACCGCCAGGCCCGGAGGCUGGGGGGCCGCAAGGACAAGGACGAUAGUGAUGAGUUGGAAGAGGGAAGAGGAGCCACUAGUGAGGGAGAGCCAGAUGCUGGGGACCCCAAGAGAGAGCCAGCCCCCGCCCGGCCCCUGAACGCACGGCCCGGCCCCGGGAAGAAGGAGGCGCAGCUCUCUCAGUACCGGCACCACCCGCUGCGGACCCGGCGCCGCCCGCCCAAGGGCAUGUACCUGAGUCCCGAGGGCAUCACGGCCGUGUCUGGCAGCCCCGACCUUGCCAGCCUCACCCUGCGGGGCCUCGACUCCCAGCUGGUCUCCCUCAAGCGCCAGGUGCAGAGCAUGAAGCAGACCAACAGCAGCCUCCGGCAAGCCCUGGAGGGGGGCAUCGACCCGCUGCGGCCCCCCGAGGCGAACACCAAGUACAAUUCUCGAUGGACCACAGACGAGCAGCUUCUGGCUGUACAAGCCAUCCGGAGAUACGGGAAGGACUUCGGCGCCAUCGCGGAGGUGAUCGGGAACAAGACCCUGACCCAGGUGAAGACCUUCUUCGUGAGCUACCGCCGGCGCUUCAACCUGGAGGAGGUGCUGCAGGAGUGGGAGGCUGAGCAGGACGGGGCUGCGGGGGCCCCGGCCCCCGCUGAGGAGGCGCGCAAGGGGCUCCCGGCCCCCGCUGCGGCCAGUGAGGAGGAGGAGGAGGUCCAGAUCACGGCGGUGUCUCGGGCAGUGCCCCCCGUUGCCCCUCCUCCCACCUCGCUGUCUCAGCCGCCCCCCCUGCUCCGCCCCCCGCUGCCUACGGCCCCCACCCUCCUGCGCCAGCCCCCUCCGUUACAGCAGGGCCGCUUCCUACAGCCAAGACUGGCUCCCAACCAGCCCCCGCCCCCCCUCAUCCGUCCUGCCCUCGCAGCCUCCAGACACAGCGCCAGGGGCGGCCCUCAGGCUCCACCUGCUUUGCUGGGGGGCCCCUCCGAGCCCCCACCCCCUUCGCUCUGAGCCCGCCCCCCUCCCCGCCCUGGGCGCCACCUGCUUCAGCGAGGACAGAUGGGUCGGGCACCUCCGUCCCGCACUCCGCGGCAGACGAUCCAGGGCCCACGACGGGCACGACCUAGACCCGGGGGCUCCUGGUGGACACUGGCAUCUGGGGGGCUUGGACGGCCGCCCCCCCCCCCCAACCUCGGGCUCCAGGCGGCCCCCGGCCCACUCUGUGCCUGCUUCCCGGAGCCACCCAAGCUCCGAACCGGAAUGUCGCCUCUGGCCGAACUGUUUCUCUGGGAUCCUCCUCCUCCCCCCGGCCCCGUCUCCCCCCGUAGUGGGUGUUAGUGACCAUAGAGUAGAGCUAAGUUAGGGGCGGCAGGCGGGCUUCGGGGCUCCGCCCCCCUUCCCCUCGGAAGGCCCGGGCGCCGGAGCGCUGCUGGGGGGGGAGUUAUGGCAAUAAGUCUUGGGGUGGGGGGAGAGAGCUGUCAGGAAAGGGGGGAGGGGGGUGGGGGACCCAAAUAGGAUGAUUUGCCUUCCGUGGGGUGCGUAGAGGGAGGUCCCUUCCGCCCACUGGGGAACCCCGGCUCUUUGAGCCUGGCGGGUGCAGCCGCGAGGACGGUGGUCCGGGCCCCGGGCGUCCCCCCCACCCGUCGCUAGUGGGGAGCGAGUGCGUGAGCGUGAGUGUAAAACAACUUCAGGCUGGAAAAAGCAAAGCCACCUGAAUUUAUUUUUUGUCAGUUUUUAAAAUAAAACUUUUUUAAAGC